AAAGUCUGGCAGAUUCAGCUGCAGCUUCAUUCAUACAGAUUCUACCUGAACAUGCUGCAGAGGAAGCGACUGAUGGACGGGGACAGGAACCGGGCGGUUGUGGUCUCUGUGGCCCGGUACAAUCCGGGGGUUCCACUGAAACCGAGACCUGGAGCCAAAAAAGAUGAAAAGAGGCUCCACAGAACCCUCAGCCGGCUGGGCUUCAAGGUGGAGCUACAUAGUGACCUGAGCGGUGACGAGAUCUACCAGUUGUUCCUGGAAGAGAGCCGGCGGCCGGUGAAGGACUGUUUUCUUGCCGUCUUGUCGUCUCACGGUGAAGAAGGCUGCGUGUUCGGAGCUGAUGGACAACCCGUCCAUCUGUCUCGGAUCUUCACGUACUUCGACAAUGACUACAUGGAGAGAAAGGCCAAACUGUUCCUCAUACAGGCUUGUCGAGGAGACGAUCUGGAUGAUGGAGUGGAGGUGGAUUCAGCUGUAGAGAACAGCUCCUCACAGUACCUCUCUGUUCCCAUAGAUACAGCUGUAAUGUACGCCACAGCACCAGGUUAUGGAGCUUUCAUGCACCCCCUCGGAUCGGUGUUCCUCCAGACGUUCUGCACCUUGCUGGAGGAGGAGGGCAAUCAGAACCUGGAGCUGACCCGGCUGAUGACCCGGCUCUCCCACCGGGUGGCCUACACCUUCCAGGCCAAGGGUCGGGUUCUGGGCGGGAAGAAGGAGAUGCCGUGUCUCCUGACCCGACUCACCAGGGAGGUUUUCCCGUUCGCCGAGCCGGAGAAAGACGGCAGGACGACGGGAAUCUCGGCCACGGAGCUGGUCGAUCCGGAGAACGUCAGAAGACGGACUCAUUCCAUCAGUUAGACGGCAUCCUGGUGGACCAUCUCCUCCUGAAGGACAGACGAUUAUCAGCUGGAAGGAGGACGGAUAAACUAACAGGACGUAAAAACAGAACCAGAUAGAAAUCUGCAUUUUCCUCAGACUGACUGAGAAAAGUUUCUGCACAAAUUGUACAAACCUGUCAAAUGUUUACAUGCGUUAAAGUGUUGUUUCAUGUAUUUAUAUUUAAUAAAGAAUAAUCUAAUGA